AACGCACACACGAACAAACCCAUUUCGAUUUCACCCUCCUCCUCUCUCUCUAAAAUACUGGACUCUCUCUCUCUCUCUGCUCCUUGAAUUUGGAAUUUCGGCAGUGGAGAAAACAAAAGCACAAAAGCUUCGAAUUCAUCAUCCGAUUCGACGUUAGGGUUCAGUCUCUGUGCUUCGUACCAACCAAUUUGUUCGACCUUGUUUGAUCAAAAUUCGAUUAUGAAAGAAGAGUGUGAUUAAUAUGGAAAAUCUCAGCUUAGUUCGUGUUGGGCUUUGGGGUCGAAUUUGAAGUUCCACUUCGGAUCAAACUCUAUUUUAAAUCUCCUCACGGAUCAAUCUCAUCUUCCUUAUCUGGAGUUUCGGCAAUGCACCGUGUGGGCAGCGCAGGGAACACAGCCAAUUCAGUUCGCCCUCGUAAGGAGAAGAGGUUGACUUAUGUGUUGAAUGAUACUGAUGACACAAAGCAUUGUGCAGGCAUAAAUUGUUUGGCUGUAUUGAAAUCAUCACCAGCGGAUGGGUGUGAAUACCUCUUCACUGGGAGCCGUGAUGGCACAUUAAAGAGAUGGGCGUUGGCUGAAGAUGGAGCUACCUAUUCUGCUACAUUUGAGUCGCAUGUUGAUUGGGUCAAUGAUGCUGUAAUUGCGGGUGGUAAUACACUAGUUUCCUGUUCCUCAGACACCACACUCAAGACAUGGAAUUGCUUGUCUGAUGGAUCUUGUACCAGGACUCUUCGUCAACACUCAGACUAUGUUACUUCUCUUGCUGCAGCCCAAAAAAAUAGCAAUGUUGUUGCAUCUGGUGGCCUUGGUGGGGAGGUUUUCAUAUGGGAUCUAGAAGCUGCAGUUGCUCCAACCUCUAAGACAAGUGAUGCAACAGAAGAUGAUUGUUCAAAUGGUGUUAAUGGAGUGGGAAAUUCUGUACCCAUUACUAGCGCUCGUACGAUUAGCUCAAACAACAGCAUAUCGCUGCAUAUGACUCAAUCUCAUGGAUAUGUUCCCAUUGCUGCCAAAGGACACAAGGAGUCUGUCUAUGCUUUGGGAAUGAAUGAUAGUGGGACUCUUCUUGUUUCUGGUGGAACGGAGAAGGUUGUGCGUGUUUGGGACCCAAGAACUGGUUCUAAGACCAUGAAACUUAGAGGGCAUACAGAUAAUGUUAGGGCUCUGCUUUUGGAUUCUACUGGCAGGCUAUGCUUAUCUGGAUCCUCGGAUUCUAUGAUCAGACUAUGGGAUCUCGGUCAGCAGCGUUGUGUGCAUUCCUAUGCAGUGCAUACAGAUUCUGUUUGGGCACUGGCCAGUAAUUCAACGUUCAGUCAUGUUUAUAGUGGUGGGAGAGACCUUUCUUUGUACUUAACAGACUUGGCAACGAGAGAGAGCAUAUUGCUUUGCACAAAGGAACAUCCUAUUUUGCAGUUGGCAUUGCAUGAUGAUGGUAUAUGGGUAGCAACAAGUGAUUCUUCUGUAGAUAAAUGGCCAGUUGAAGUUCGUAAUCCUCAGAAGGUCUUUCAAAGAGGUGGUUCAUUUUUGGCUGGUAACUUGUCAUUUUCAAGGGCACGGGCUUCCUUAGAAGGAUCCACCCCUGUUCCUGUUUAUAAAGAGCCAUCCGUUACCAUUCCUGGCACUCCAGGAAUAGUGAAGCAUGAAAUUUUAAAUAAUAGAAGGCAUGUCCUAACUAAGGAUACUGCUGGAUCAGUAAAGCUGUGGGAGAUCACCAAGGGCAUUGUGGUUGAAGACUAUGGAGAGGUCUCAUUUGAGGAGAAAAAGGAAGAAUUGUUUGAGAUGCAUUCCUGUCCUGCAUGGUUCACUGUGGAUACAAGGCUUGGAAGCUUGUCUGUCCAUUUGGAUACACCACAAUGCUUUUCUGCAGAAAUGUAUUCGGCAGACCUUAACAUCAUUGGGAAACCUGAGGAUGACAAGAUUAAUUUGGCUCGUGAAACUCUUAAAGGGCUGUUGGCUCAUUGGUUAACCAAAAGAAGGCAGAGAUUUGGAUCUCAAGCUUCAGCCAAUGGAGAAGUUCCAUCUGGCAAGGAUAUCUCUUCUAGGAUUCUUACCCUUUCAAGAGUCGAGGUAGAUGGUAGUGCUGAAAAUGAUUCCAUGGUUUAUACGCCUUUUGAAUUUUCUACAGCUUCCCCUCCUUCGAUUAUUACUGAGGGUUCUCAAGGUGGUCCAUGGAGAAAGAAAAUUACUGACUUUGAUGGAACUGAAGAUGAGAAAGAUUUUCCUUGGUGGUGUCUGGAUUGUGUGUUGAAUAAUCGCUUACCUCCCCGGGAAAAUACCAAAUGCAGCUUUUAUUUACAUCCAUGUGAGGGCUCAGCUGUCCAGAUUCUUACGCAAGGGAAACUGAGUGCACCUCGUAUAUUGAGAAUACAUAAAGUUAUUAACUAUGUUGUAGAAAAGAUGGUUCCUGACAAACCAUUGGAUAACAUGGACACUGAUGGAACCUUUGCUCCUGGACUGCCAGUAGGGCAGUUACAACAUUCAACUCUUGGAGGAGAUGGUUCGUUUCGGUUGAAGCCUUGGCAAAAGCUUAAGCCUUCUAUAGAGAUCUUGUGUAACAAUCAGAUCUUAUCCCCUGACAUGAGCCUAGCAACAGUACGGGCUUAUAUAUGGAAGAAAUCAGAGGAUCUUGUCCUCAACUACCGAGUGGUGCAGGGCAGGUGACAUCAUGGACAUCCGGGUGAAAACUUGGAGUUCUUCUAACUGGUGCUUGUGUUGAGCAGAUUUAUUUGCAGCUUCCUUGUAAAUCUCGAUAGCCAAUGUCAAUUACCGACUUGUGUAGCAGCAUUCCCAAAUUUGCCAUGAAUCCUGGGUAGCAAUUUCCUAGUUGAACAAUUGGUAUAGGAAUUUUGAGCUGUUUAGCCAACGUGCACGCUUUACAACACAUGAUUAAGAUAUUGUGGGGCUGAGUUUGCACAUGGCAAUAGAAGGUUUUUGACUCCGAAGGUGAAGGAGAAUUACUGCCAAGUACCGAGCUUCCUGAGGCGAGCCGUAGUAUAGUUUUGGGUUUAAAAAAAAAAAAAAAAUUGUAUCGUGGGGUACAGCACCUAGCGAAAACCACACUGCUACGGGGGUGAUUAAUUUUUCCCGGGAAAUAAUACAUACAAUUAUGAUUCGUGUCCACCUAGUUUGUUUUAUAGAAAUAUUUUGUUUCUUAUUUUCAAUGCUCUCUUCUGUACAUGUUGUUUAUCUUAUGAGAGGUCCAACUAAUUGAAGACUGUUGUUGCUGCAAGGCAUGCAAUUAUAGUAGUAAUUGGGAUUUGUUUACUGCUCUUCUUGUCAA